GGGGGCUGCCCUCUUUCAAACCAGACCUUUUUGAGGGGAAAGAGUUGAUCGUGAGCUGCCUGCCUGACCCUCUUCUCUGUUUCUCCUCUUCCAUUUUAGGUGGAUGCUGGAGGAAUCCACACCUCAGGAUAAGAACAGGAAUCUCCUGGCCGGCGUAGAGACAAGAGCAUUUAUUUUCUCCCCUGUGAGAAAUUGGCGGGACUCCAGGCUCCAAGAACAACGAUGACGAAGAGACAAUUUUUAAUCACCUUUUUCCUGGCUUUUGUCUUGCAAAACGGGACGUGCAACGGAAUCAAAUGGUUAGCUUUGUUCAAGACUCCUUCGGCUUUGGCCUUGAACCAGAGCCAGCACUGCAAGCAGCUGGAAGGCCUGGUCGUUUCACAAGUACAACUUUGUCGUAGCAACCUGGAGCUGAUGCAGACAAUUAUCCAGGCUGCUCGUGAGGUCAUCAAGACGUGCCGGAAAGCCUUUUCCGACAUGCGGUGGAAUUGCUCGUCCAUUGAGCGAGCUCCGAAUUACUUGCUGGAUUUGGAGAGAGGUACCAGGGAGUCUGCUUUUGUAUACGCUCUCUCUGCUGCAGCCAUCAGCCACACCAUCGCCCGAGCCUGCACUACCGGGGACCUCCCUGGCUGCUCCUGUGGUCCCAUCCCAGAUGCUCCCAUGAAGAUGAAAAAAUCAGGAUCACAAGCCAAUAAGCUGAUGCAUCUACACAACAGUGAAGUAGGGAGACAGUCCCUGAAAGCCUCUUUGGAGAUGAAAUGCAAGUGUCAUGGAGUUUCCGGCUCUUGUUCCAUCAAGACCUGUUGGAAGGGCCUUCAAGAUUUGAAGGACAUCGCCCUGGAUUUAAAAAACAGAUAUCUUUCGGCCACCAAGGUUGUCCAUCGUCCCAUGGGCACUCGCAAGCAUCUGGUGCCCAAGGAACUUGACAUCCGUCCAGUGAAGGAAUCCGAGCUGGUAUACUUGCAAAGUUCUCCGGAUUUUUGCAUGAAGAACGAGAAAGUGGGCUCCUACGGGACGCAGGACAGGUAA